AAAUUUCCCCAGACCUGAGGAAAUCCCCAAAAUUUCCCCAAACAUUGUAGAAGGUUUUUCACUUUGGGGAUUUCCCCAAAAUUCCCCAAAAUUUACCCAAAGCUGGCAGCUUGGGUUAUUAUGAGAAUAUUGUUUAUAUAUUUCCUAUUGUUCAUUGAACGGUUGUUAUGACAAUAAAGCUCAAGAAAUAUUUAAAUAACAAUAAUAUCCUGGUUUUGGUGGAUUUAUUUACUUAGAUUCGCUUACUCCGACAGAGUAGCAAAUGUUGCUUAAUACUUUGAUCGCUCAGGUUAAAAAAUAUCGAGAUCCGAUCUGAUGGCUUUGCAUUAAAAUUAAUGUUAACAUAUGUUAGCAUAUUUUAAUUCAUAAUUACUCAGCAGCCUAUUCACCUACAAUUUAACAACAUUUCCUAAACAGGAUCAAAAGCAUCAGUCUUGAUUUUGUUUCAUUUUUCGUUACACAAAUGGUUCAAGUAUCACAAAUCAACGCUUAUUAUUCAUUGAAAAAUAAAGCGGAUAACUUUAAUAUACUUUGUAUUGUGGAAUCAAUCAUUGGUGGUCUUAUGCUUGAACAACCUAAUAAUCCUAUUGAAUAUAUUAAAAAUCGUUUAAUUGAUACAAAACAUAUACAAGAACAUGUUAAAUUACAUAAAGAAUUAUAUAUUUGGCCACAUCAUCCAAUAUUAGAUUCAUCCAAAUCACUUACAACUAAUGAACAUCAUAAAUUUCUUCAAAAUUGUUUCUAUCAUCGUAUAAAACGUUUACAAGAAGAUAAAUUGUUUCUUGAAAAUGAAUCUAAACCUAUUGAAACUACAAAUCUAUUAUUUUCAUUAACAGAACUUGAUUUAAAUCCAUAGAGGAUUUGAUUCAAUGCAACAUUAUACUAUAAGAUUGCUAAAAAGAUAUAAUAGACACAUAUGUAAUCUAUUCUAUGAGAAGCUUUUUAAGUUUUGUUUUAUGUCUUUUGACAAAUCAUUAGUUGUAUAGUACUAUGUAAUUUAGUAAUUUAGUUUCUGAAAUAUACACUUGUCUGUAAUA